AUGAAUCAAACUUUCGUGCGGAAUUACGGCAGUGUGUUAUUAAAACAGUAUGGGAGCUUCUGUCCUAUACUUUCUCGUGGCUUCCGCUCUCUCGGAGUCGAUGAAACUAAAUGCCCCUUCAUUCAGAAGAACUCGAUAAUAUCAGAGGCUCCGAAAGAAAUGACUGAAGACAUAGUGGAUAAUUCAAGUUAUGAAUACGAUAAAUUUUUUAGCGAACAAAUAAAUGCUAAGAAGAAGGAUUAUUCGUACCGUGUAUUUAGAAAGGUGUCCCGCCUGGCGGCUGAUGGUAUGUACCCCCAAGCCCUAGAAGGCCAAGACAAUCGUCGUGUGACCGUAUGGUGCGCGAAUGACUACCUGGGGGCCUCGCGGCAUCCCUCAGUACAAGAUGCUGCUAUUUCUGCCAUCAAGUCCUAUGGAACAGGUGCAGGAGGCACUCGUAAUAUCGCUGGUAACUCACAAAUGACUGAAAAACUUGAAUACGAAAUCGCUAAACUUCACAAAAAACCUGCUGCUUUAAUUUUUAGUUCCUGCUUUGUUGCAAAUGAUGCAACUCUAUCUACCUUAGCUAGAAUAAUGCCGGGCUGUAUCGUCUACUCGGACGCAGGCAACCACGCCUCCAUGAUACAGGGAAUAAGAAACAGCCGGGCACCUAAGCAUAUAUUUAGGCAUAAUGACCCAUCCCAUCUUAGAGAAUUAUUAUCAUCAUCACCGGUCGGUGUGCCAAAGCUAGUCGUCUUCGAGACUGUCCACUCUAUGAGUGGUGCUAUUUGUCCUCUAGAGGAAAUGUGUAACAUAGCCCAUGAAUAUGGAGCUUUGACUUUUGUGGAUGAAGUGCAUGCUGUGGGCUUGUAUGGGAAACAUGGUGCUGGCAUUGGGGAGGAAAGAGGGCUUGAACACCAUAUCGACAUUGUAUCGGGUACUCUGGGUAAAGCAUUCGGGAACGUCGGAGGUUAUAUCGCUGGGUCUUCACUUUUGGUGGAUACGAUUAGAUCAUUGGCCCCAGGGUUCAUAUUCACCACGGCACUACCUCCCCCGGUGCUGGCGGGUUCACUGGCGGCCAUUCGACUAUUGGCUAGCGAGGAGGGUCGAACAAUGAGAGCUAAGCACCAAGCGAUAGUUCGUUACUUAAAACUAUCGCUACUCAUAGCGGGGCUGCCGCAAUUACCGUCUGUGAGCCACAUCGUUCCCGUGCCAAUAAAGGGAGCGGACAAAGUGGCACUCGUCGCUGAAUCUCUAAUGAAAAGGGGGCAUUACGUGCAAGCUAUCAACUAUCCCACGGUAGCGCGGGGAGAGGAGCGCCUUCGCUUCGCGCCGGGCCCCUACCACACGCCGGAGAUGAUCGACAACCUUAUCACUGCCUUGAUCGAAUCAUUCCACGAAAACAACAUAAGCUUUGACCAGUUCAUGGUGAACGGCGCCUGCCGCGAGUGCAGCAUGGAGUACAAGGUGGACAUCGCGUAUGAGGAGCCGUUCAAGUGCCCCAUGGUCGCUGCC